UUUAGUUCAGUUGACCAUUAAACGUUGAGCAUUCGAGUCUUAUCAUCAUCGGCCACAAAAACCCAGCCGUUGAGGUUUUGUUUUUUUUUUUUUUUGUAAAGUGAUUAAAGUAAAAGUGAAUAAAUAAUAUAAAUAAAAUAGUACAGGAGGAAUUAAUUCUAUUAAUUGAUUCAAUUGAAACGAAUUUAAAACAAAUAGCAAUUGUUUACACACAAAAUUUAUUUUUAACGAUUUUUAUACAAUAACUUUUAGUUUUAUUUUUUUAUAUUUCAAUUCCCAGAAACCUAACAACAAAAUGAAUUGGUUAGCAUUAGCCAUUUCCAUCUCAGCCACUCUAAAUAUAGCGUUGGCUUGCAGUCGCGUGCCCUCAGGCACUACGGCCGCUAAAUCGCCAGUCGAUGAAAGCUAUGUGGUUUCGGUGGCCGGUAACCCUCAAACCUAUGUACCAGGACAAAAAUAUAAUGUUUCCAUUAUAGCCAACAAUGACCAAACUUUUGUAAGUUUCAUGCUGGGUUUGGAAGCUGAAUCAGGAGGAGGCUUAGAAGCUGUGGGCUCCUUUGAAAUAAUAGAUUUGGCAGAAACUCGCUAUAGUCCCCGCUGUGCCAAUUUGGUGGAAAACACUAAUACAAAUGUUAAGACACGUGUAGAUAUGGUUUGGAUUGCCCCAACUGCCUCUAAUAUGGGCUGUGUGCUGCUUAGAGCCACCAUAGUCCAACAUCGUGAUGUUUGGUUUAUCGAUGAUGGUUUCCUGACCAAGAAAAUGUGCGAGGAAGAGGUAGAUGACAUCGACAGUCAGCCUCGCAUUGAAGAUCCUUGUUGUGCCUGCGAUGAGGCUAAAUACGAAUUGACCUUUGAGGGCAAAUGGUCUAGACAUACCCAUCCCAAAGAUUUUCCCGCCAAUAGCUGGCAGACACGUUUCAGCGAUAUUAUAGGUGCCUCUCAUACCAUAGACUAUCGUUUUUGGCAGUAUGGUGAGAUGGCGAGUGAGGGUUUGAGGGAGGUGGCCGAACAUGGCUCCACCCGAACUUUAGAAAGUGAGCUGAAAGAUCAGAGUGAUCAAAUACGCACUAUUAUCAAGGCUCGAGGCAUUACUUUUCCCAAUAUAACGGGCAAAACUUUUGCUGUUUUUCGUGUCGAUUCGAAACAUCAUUUAAUUUCUUUGGUUUCCAUGAUUGACCCUUCGCCCGAUUGGAUUGUGGGUGUUUCUGGCUUGGAAUUGUGCCAGACCAAUUGUACUUGGGUGGAGAGUAAAGUUCACAAUCUAUAUCCCUGGGAUGCAGGUACCGACAGUGGUCCUUCUUAUACGUCUGCCGAUCAACCCCAGUUGCCUCCCGAUGUGGUAAGACGUAUCAAGCCGAAUUUUCCCAAUGAUCCGCGUUCUCCUUUUUAUGAUCCAUCUGGAGCUCCCAUGAAACCGUUGGCCACAUUGUAUAUUAAUCGCAGGCGUUUGUACGAGAAGACCUGUAAUAGGGCCGAAAACGAAAACGAACCACCCGAAUGUGCCACCUACGGUUGGUCCAGCUGGGAUGAGUGUAGCGCCCAGUGUGGUCCAGGCAAACAAUAUCGGACACGUGAAUUUAAAAAUGCUGCCGUAGCCAAACGUUCCAAUUGUCGCACAAGUUUACGUGAAGAGCAGGAUUGUACCGGUAACCGCUGUAACUCAAUUGACGAGGAAGCGGCUACAGCCAUGGAAACGGAAAAUUUACAUAUCGGCCAUACUCCCGAAAGGCCUGAAUGUGCGAUAUCAGAUUGGAGUGAUUGGUCUUCAUGUUCGGUGUCGUGUGGUACCGGCACUGAAAGGCGCACACGUCACUAUUUGAAUCCCAGGGCCAAGAAGAAGUGUCAGCAAGUCAGCCGAGUUAAACUGCAGGAGCAACGCACUUGCAAGGGUGUAGAUUGUGGUGGUGAUAUUAAUGGCUACAAUAGUGUUAAUGGCAAUAACAAUAACAACAACGAGAAUAAUGAGGCCCAAGUGGAUGGCACCAAAUCUUUGUUUGGCAACAUAGAUGAUGAAAUACGUUAUCGUGACCUGGAGAGUUUUAGCCAAAAACUCGAUGAUUACAUACCACCCGAAUGUGGUGUCUCCCAUUGGUCUGAUUUUUCUCCCUGCUUGGGGCCUUGCGGCGGCAUAGGCACCAGUGAACGCCAGCGUGUGGUAUGGAACAAUGAUGAGGUGUAUGGUGUACGUAAACCCGACCAUGAUUCCAAUUUAGAUCCUUGCCGGCAUAUUAAACGAAGAGAGGUGGUUAAUUGCACGAUACCCACUUGUGAUGCCAUUGUGCCGCCACUGUGCUAUGAAGAGCUGAAAGUUAGUUCGUGUCGCGAUAGUGAUACGAACAAUUAUUGGUUUUACGAUCACAUGAGUGAUCAUUGUGCCAUUUUCUGGGCUGACAAGUGCGACAAGAAUCGCAACAAGUUCCCAUCCAAAGAGGUGUGCGAGGAAACCUGCCGCCAGCCCAGGCAAAAAAUGGAAUUACAAAGUGAGAGCUUGCGUGUGGAUCCCAUAGAUUGUUUGGUCUCAGAUUGGAUAAGUCAUGCCUGCAAUGCCACCUGCGGCGAGGGGAUACAAAUCAAAACUCGCAAAGUAUUAAGAUCACCCAAAUAUGGGGGCAAACCUUGUCCCAAACAUUUGGUGCGUUUGGAGCAGUGCUAUCAACGUUGUGAUGACAUUUAUUCGGUGGGAGGUUAUGCCUCCAGCAGUUAUGUUGGCGAACGUAGACGCAACAGUGUUAAACAUCAUUCCAAAAUGCAAGCGAUCGAAAAGAAUGAGUGCCGCUAUUCGGAAUGGUCCGUGUGGACUCCCUGCACCGUCAGCUGUGGCGAUAAUUCGUAUCGUCAAAAAACACGCACUCUUCUCAAUACGGAUCUGAGUUAUAAGUGCAAGGAUCGGGUUAGAAUUGAGAAAUGCUCAAUGUUACCUUGUCUAUUGAAUAGUAAUGAUGAUAAUGACAAGUGGUAGAAGCUGGAAAAAUGGAGAUUAUUUUGAUUUUAGAGCUAUAGUUUGUAUUUUAGUAGUUUAAUAAAUAAAGUAUAAUUAAUGGAUGAAUAAUAA